AUGAAAAAAUUCAUUGCACGAGAAGCACGAGAGCGUUUCGAAGCACGAGAGUGGGUCGAGCUUAUUUCGAACAGUAGGACUUUUAGAACUCAAGAUCAAACAAUUUUUAAUCAUGACGAUUUACCUAUGGUGAAAAAUGAGCUGUCAAUGACAUUGUGGCUAAAGCUUCAAAGUUAUCCUUCCGACUGGGCUACUAUUUUUCAUAAAGGCACCGAACAUUACGUCCGUACUCCCGGGCUUUGGCUGACAGCAGGCAAAUCCAAAUUACACGGUCGUUUUUCUGGUAACUGGAAUAGUAAUGUAGGAGUUUGGGCGGCCGGCGAUGAAUUUGCUUUACAUAAAUGGUACCAUAUAGCUUAUACACUAUCAGACUUGGAAAAAAGGUUAGAUGUUUACAUAGAUGGUGAAUGGGUCGGACACUUUCCUUUCCUGGUUGAGAACGUUCAAUCGCAAAAGGUUACCUUUAAUAAUGGUCCGCUAUAUAUUGGUAAAGCUUUCACUAUCGGAUUUGAUGGAGAAAUCAGUAAUGUUCGUUAUUUUAACUGGCGUUUAUCGGUUGAGGAAGUAAGAAUGGAUAUUCACGUCAUUGUGAUACUUGUCAGCAGCACAAGCAUUGUGAUACUUGCCAGCACAAGCAUUGUGAUACUUGCCAGCACAAGUAUUGUGAUACUUGUCAACACAAGCAUUGUGAGACUUGAUUGUAAACAAAAUAUUAGUUACUGA